AUGAGUAAGAAAUCGUUGCGUAUUGGGGAGACUGCACCCAAUUUCAAUGCAGAAACCACCAAUAUACUAGUCACCCUGCUUUGCCUUGCACCUUUAUCACUCGGCUCAGUACUGACGCCGCACCGUACAGAGAAUCCGGUUUCAACCACGGAAUUGACUGUCUACCAAAGCAUCAUUGAUUCCUUUGAUGAGCGUGACGUGAAACUCAUCGUCCUCGCCCCAAAUAGCAUCGACGCACACAAGAAAUGGGUCCAGGAAAUCCAAGGCAUCACCCCGAAGGAUUUCAUCAUUCCCUUCAUUACAGAUUCGGACAAAAAGAUUGCCUACCUCUAUGACAUCACCGUAUCAAGGGUCGAUCAGGAAGUAGUCAAUACAGCCAAAGUGCCCGAGAGCGUCCGCGACAUUUUCAUCAUCGACCCGAACAAAAAGAUCCGGCUUAUCUUCAGCUACCCUCCCACGGUCGGCAGCAGCACCGAGGAGAUCCUCCGAGUCAUCGAUGCCCUGAAGACAAGUGACAAGCUUGGAGUGCUCACGGGAGCGAACUGGUACCCUGGCGCCAACGUCCUCGUCGAUCCGGCUAAGAAGAGUAUCGAGACUGCAAAGAGCCAGUUCGAUGGCAAUGUCGAGUCCGUAGCCUCCUUUGCCAUCGUCCCCGUCUCGGUGGAGGACUCGGCCGCACCGGACUCCGCUGCCCCGCCUAUUGCUGCAUAA